AUUAUCAGGAGAUUAGCCCAGAGGGGUGGCGCCUGCUCGCAGCCUGCACCGUGACGCUCUGGUCCCCGCAGUGCCCGCGCGCCCAGGGACUGGACGAGUUGGCUGCUGCGUCCCGGUUUCCCGGUCGCCGAAAGUUCUCGGCUCCGUUUAGCCGCUAACUAUCCGCUUCCCAAGCGAUCACUUCUGCAAGGACAUCGUGUUCCCGUGUGGAUUCCAGACCAAAACUGAAAAAAAUGAUUGACCUUACCCAGCUAAAGGAAAAUGACGUGUUCAUGGCCUUUGCCUCCUAUACGACAAUUGUUCUUUCCAAAAUGAUGUUUAUGAGUACAGCAACUGCAUUCUAUAGAAUGACAAAAAAGGUUUUUGCCAACCCUGAAGACUGCGCAGGCUUUGGCAAAGGAGAAAAUGCCAAGAAGUAUCUUCGAACAGAUGACAGAGUGGAACGUGUACGAAGCAGUCCUACUGAGUCAACCAGUCUGGAAAAUGCGUUGUGCCAAGAAUAUGGAUCUAAAAUCAUUUCAGGACAAGGAAUCAAUAUGAAAACUGAAAACAGUAUCAGAAGGAAAUUUGUAAGUGUAAUGAUGAAAAAGAGUAAGAAUCAGAAAAGGUGAGCAACGCUUGGGAUUCUUAGAACCACUGAAAAGACACCAGGCAGUUUUAAAGCUUUGUGGUGUGGUUCGUGAACUUUCCUUUUAGAACCGGCAGCCAUGAGCCUGAUGGUAAUCAUGGCCCUCUACUCAUGGCAUUGCCUCAGAAGGACUGGAAAGUGAUAGCAGUUAAAUUCCCAGGAGCCUUAGUAAGAUUGAAAUGAACACCCCCAAGUAAGCCUCAGGUGUGAAAGCUUAACAAGAGAUUUGAGGAUUGAGGUUUUAAAUUUUGAGAUUGAGGAUUUUAAGUUUCUCCCGCCUGUACUUCCCCACUCCUACCCUUAACUCCUGCCCUUGGGAUUGACCUUUUAGAGGAGGAAGCUGUUAUCCAAGUUGCUCCUCUAGUCAAAUGCAAAUACAUUUUGGUAAGAAGAUUGGUCCUGGUUCCUGCAGGGUUCCCUGUCCUUGAGCAGGUGCAGCGAUACUGUACACAGCGCCCCCUGGUGAUCUGACACUGGCUUUUCAAUGUGGCGAGAGAGGAACGUCUCCAAGAGAGACAAGGCGUCCAUUUUCCAUCUGUAUUUCUUGAGACCUUAUCUGCCCCACUGAAAAAGCUCCUAUUAACAGCAGACUUUGGGAGAUAUUUUUCAGAGAGUUUCCAGAAUCCUCUCUUUUCAUUUUUAACCUAAAUUUAUUUUUCUCUAUAAUUAUUUCAAUAGUUAAUUGUAAAGCAUAUUCCAAUGGCAGGAGGAACAGAAAGGGGCUACAAAAUGAAGGGAAAAGUAUGCUUCACAGUGUGCAGUGAUGGGAAAAUAAAUACAUGCACAUAAAGGACGAUUCAUUUAAGAUUUAAAGUAAUAAGUGUUGAAAUAUCAAGCUAUGUGGCUUAAAGUAAGUUACUUGAGUUCUGGCCAGAUGGAAAUCAGUGAUGGUUAGAAAGCACUUUACAUAUUUCCUUAUUUAAUCCUAUCUUACCUCAUUCUAGGAAGCAUUCAAGACCAUAUACAUUUAAUACAAUAAGAUAAAAGGAAAUUGAAAAGCAAACAGGGCAGCUCAUGAAAUAAAGGGAGUUAUUUAAAAGACGAAAAGUAUGGGUAGGGUUUGGUCUUUAGGGAAAGGAGAGAUAUUGAGUAUACACUGCCUUCUCAGGUAGAUAAGACCCUUUCACUGAGAAUAUCCCCAGGAGUUCAAGUGAGACUUUCCCAGGAUUCUUUCAAGAGACUGGAGCAUUGACCAGGGGUUGAACUAGAUGAUACGCCCCAGGCCCCAGUGCAUGAACAAAGCCUUUAUGGGGAGAUUAUCAUGUGUGUGUCAGCGUCACCUCUAUCAGGGUGCUAUUAAAGAACGUUCUUGGGUUUAUAACACUUCCUCUAAAAAAAGACCAACAUACAUGUAGUAACUAGAGAAUGAUAAGAAGUGGUAGGGCACAAAGUAUAAGUUGCUGGGGUAUUUAGGACUAUUUCAUGAAGGAAGACCUUAAAGAAUAUUAGGAUUUGGGAGGAGAAACCAGGUCAAUUUGGGAAAAUUCCUUUGUGGGGAUUUGGACAGACUGCUGCAUGUUGAGUGUGAAGAGCUUGGGCUGAGAUGAGGCAGCAGGAGCAGUCUGGGGUGGAGCUCUUUUUGUAUUUGCACCCCCCACCCCCACUCCUAAAUGCAUGCAGCAGCUCUGUUCCAGGUCACUGGAUACUAAAACCAGGUGAUUCUGAUCUGAGGGGCUAAGGUGUGGCUGUGGCAUCCUGAGCGCAGAGCUGGUAAGAAGGCUGGCCAGAGAGCCAGUGUGUGCCAAGGGGUAUCUGUCCAGAGGAGAAAGAGAAAUGGGAACAUGGAAUCCUGGGGGUGGGGUGGGGGACAGAACCAGGUGGAAAGUAGUCACUCAAGAAGACCGACAGCUGUCUGUUAAUGGCACUCAAGAGCUGCUGCUCCAGGAAGGGGGUCCAUUAAUUGUGCAGAGGGAAGGGUAGAGCAGAAGGUGCUAGGAGAGCUGGGGAAGGCUAUGCCUGGAGUCGGGUUUAAAAAGAAUAGCAUAGAGGGGCCGCGCCUGUGACUCAAAGGAGUAGGGCGCCAGCCCCAAAUGCCAGAGGUAGAGGGUUCAAACCCAGCCCUGGCCAAAAACGGCAAAAAUAAAUAAAUAAAAGUAAAUGAAAGAAUAGCAGAGAAAGUGGCCUCCGUUAGGAUAUAGCACAAGAGCUAGGAGAAAACAGGCUUUACUAGGACAAUGAGGAUUGUUAUGGGUGAGAACCUUCUGAGGGUAAGGAAAGAAAAAAAGCAUUGAAAAGGAGAAAUAAGAUAGAAAGCGAGGGCAGAAAAAAAAAGGAGCCAGGAAAGUGGAAGGAACCCCUGCCGCUGCCCUGCCCUUUCCUCGUUUCCACGUCCCCUGGUCCUCCUUGGCUUUCUUCUCGGACGUUGCAUUCCAUCUGUCAGCUGUUUAAUAUUGCUUUAGAAAUGGACAUUGUUUUCCAUGGGGGUCUCUCCCUGUUAUAGUUUCUUCCCAACUUUAAAAUGUCUGUCCUUUUUAGCUUAUUGUGAAGCCCGAGGUUGGAGGUGAAGAUAUCUCUGUGGCCCUGCAGGAGAAUUCAGAGGAAUAAAACAGAAACCCUUGGUGUAAUUGAGAAGCAGGCUCUUCUUUGGUAGAAUAUAGCAUUCCUGUCCCUUCUUGCCCACCUUAUUCUCAGUAGACCUGGAGUUGUUUCAUGAAAGAGAAAGCACAGGAACACUCCCAUGGUUCUCUGCUUCCUUUCAGGGAGCAGGCACUUCUAUAAGCCUUUUCAAACUGUUACUGAUACAGGUUGCUGUUCCCUUCUUCAUAUCUUUAUGUAGUCAUCGGCUUUGUCAGGAAACUUUAAAGAUAAUCUAAGGAAAAAUG